CCCCUUGCAGGAGAAGAGAAGGACGACAGGGGAUUGUUGUCUUGAAUCGUGGAAUGGUGUAUAAGUUUCUCGUCUCCAUCCUGGUUGACUGACUUUCUGUGGUGUAACCUGCAUUUUUGAGGCCAUCGCGAGAAGAGUAGCAAGACUCGAAGGACACCAAGCAAACCCAAAGCUCAUUGCAAUUCUUUCCCCCUUCCCCUCUCGACUUACAGCAAGGGACAUGGCCACCAAUGCUCUCUUCUCCCUCGAAGGGCACACUGCCCUCAUCACAGGCGCCACACGCGGCAUAGGCCAGGCCGUUGCCGUCGCCCUCGCUGAAGCUGGUGCAGACAUUAUUCUGAUCCAGCGCGACACGUCGAACCAGGCCACCCGCCAGGCCAUCGAAGCUCUCGGGCGCAAAGCACACAUUUACACAGCCGACCUGGCCUCUCCAAGCGACGUAGCCGGCCUCGUCCCCCGCGUGGUCGCUGACGGCCACCAGAUCCGCAUCCUCAUCAACUGCGCCGGCAUCCAGCGCCGGUUCCCCUCGGAGAAGUUCCCCGACGAGGAGUUCGCCGAGGUGUUGCAGGUGAACCUGAACACGCCUUUUGCCCUGUGCCGCGAUGUUGCCGCGCACAUGUUGUCGACGCUGUCGCCCCACGACGUCACGGGCCGCGUUGGAUCCAUCAUCAACUUUGGCUCGCUGUUGUCGUUCCAGGGCGGCAUCACUGUCCCCGCCUACGCUGCCAGCAAGGGCGGUGUGGCGCAGAUGACCAAGACCUUUGCCAACGAGUGGACCGCCCGCGGGAUCACGGUGAACUGUAUCGCGCCGGGGUACAUUGCCACGGACAUGAACGAGGCGCUGCUCAACGACCCGGCGAGGCUGAAGAGUAUUUCGGAGCGGAUCCCUGCAGGGAGAUGGGGCACGCCUGAUGAUUUCAAGGGGCCUGCGGUGUUUCUUUCGAGCAAGGCCGGAGCAUAUAUGAGCGGCCAUACACUGACUGUGGAUGGUGGGUGGAUGGGGAGGUGAGAAAGAGAGAGAGAGAGAGUGUGUGUGUGUGUGUGUUGGUUAGAUGAGAGGAGAAUUGAGAUGAGAAAAACUUUGGCAAGGUGAUGACGAGUCUCAAGUUUUACAUUUACAAAGCUGAUACAGGCUGCAUAGAAUACUACACUAUAUACUCCGAGUGUUGGGGGAAAAAAAAAAAAAGC